GCGACAGCCGUAGUGCCUACGAGGGAGGGCGGACCGGGGUCAGCUGCUUCGGGCGGGCGGGCGUGGGAAGCUGUGGGCGGACGCCGCGUAUCCUGCCGUCGCCCUCCCUCUGCCACGAUGCCGGGGAUCGACAAGCUGCCCAUCGAGGAGACACUGGAGGACAGCCCGCAGACAAGGUCUUUACUGGGUGUAUUUGAAGAAGAUGCCGCAGCUAUUUCCAACUAUAUGAACCAAUUGUAUCAAGCUAUGCAUCGAAUUUAUGAUGCACAGAAUGAACUAAGUGCAGCAACACACCUGACUUCAAAACUUCUAAAAGAAUAUGAAAAACAGCGUUUUCCACUAGGGGGUGAUGAUGAAGUUAUGAGCUCUACUUUGCAGCAGUUUUCAAAAGUUAUAGAUGAGCUUAGCUCUUGCCAUGCUGUACUUUCAACUCAGCUUGCUGAUGCCAUGAUGUUCCCUAUUACCCAGUUUAAAGAAAGAGACCUUAAAGAAAUACUGACAUUAAAGGAAGUGUUUCAGAUUGCUAGUAAUGAUCACGAUGCUGCAAUUAACAGAUACAGCCGAUUGUCCAAAAAAAGAGAAAAUGACAAGGUAAAAUAUGAAUUAACAGAAGAUGUGUACACUUCCAGAAAAAAACAACACCAGACCAUGAUGCAUUAUUUUUGUGCAUUAAAUACUCUUCAGUACAAGAAGAAAAUAGCAUUGUUAGAACCUCUACUUGGGUACAUGCAAGCUCAGAUAAGUUUCUUUAAGAUGGGUUCUGAAAAUCUCAAUGAACAACUGGAAGAAUUUUUAACUAAUAUUGGAACAAGUGUACAGAAUGUUCGCAGGGAAAUGGACAGUGAUGUAGAGACCAUGCAGCAGACAAUAGAGGAUUUGGAAGUAGCCAGUGACCCGUUAUAUAUACCUGACCCAGACCCCAGCAAAUUCCCUGUUAAUCGAAAUUUAACCCGGAAGGCUGGAUACCUUAAUGCUAGGAAUAAAACAGGCUUGGUGUCAUCUACCUGGGACAGACAGUUUUACUUCACGCAGGGUGGAAACUUAAUGACUCAGGCCCGAGGGGAUGUAGCAGGUGGCCUGGCCAUGGACAUAGACAACUGUUCAGUGAUGGCUGUGGACUGUGAAGACAGGCGAUACUGUUUUCAGAUCACCUCUUUUGAUGGAAAAAAAUCUUCAAUUUUGCAAGCAGAGAGUAAAAAGGAUCAUGAAGAGUGGAUCUGUACAAUAAACAACAUAUCUAAGCAAAUAUAUUUAAGUGAAAAUCCAGAGGAAAUUGCUGCUCGAGUCAAUCAGUCAGCUCUGGAAGCUGUUACCCCUUCUCCGUCUUUCCAGCAGAGGCACGAGAGCCUGCGGCCAGCAGGACAAUCUCGGCCUGCAGCAGUUCGAACCAGCAGUUCGGGAUCUUUAGGUUCUGAGGGAACAAAUUUGGCUGCCCUCUCUUUAGAUUCCCUUGUUGCCCCAGACACACCAAUACAAUUUGACAUCAUUUCUCCUGUGUGUGAAGAUCAGCCCGGCCAAGCAAAAGCCUCUGGCCAGGGAGGCAGACGUACAAAUCCAUUUGGAGAAUCUGAAGGAGGUACUACAAAAUCUGAAACUGAAGAUUCUAUUCUUCAUCAGUUAUUUAUUGUCCGAUUCCUUGGUUCUAUGGAGGUGAAAUCAGAUGACAAUCCAGAUGUUGUUUAUGAAACAAUGCGCCAGAUCUUAGCUGCCCGGGCCAUCCAUAACAUCUUCCGUAUGACAGAAUCACAUUUAUUAGUCACUUGUGACUGUUUAAAGUUAAUUGAUCCACAGACACAAGUUACAAGACUCACGUUUCCAUUACCCAGUGUAGUUUUGUAUGCUACACACCAGGAAAAUAAGCGGCUUUUUGGAUUUGUGCUUCGGACAUCAGGAGGGAGAAGUGAGAGUAACUUGUCAUCAGUCUGCUAUAUAUUUGAGUCAAACAAUGAGGGGGAAAAGAUUUGUGAUUCUGUUGGACUGGCAAAACAGAUAGCCUUACAUGCUGAACUGAAUCGUAGGGCAUCAGAGAAGCAAAAAGAAAUAGAGAGAGUAAAAGAGAAGCAACAGAAAGAACUCAGUAAACAAAAGCAAAUCGAAAAGGAUUUAGAAGAACAAAGUCGGUUAAUAGCUGCUUCCAGUAGACCAAACCAAGCCAGUAUUGAGGGGCAGUUUGUUGUCCUGAGCAGUAGCCAGUCAGAAGAAAGUGAUUUGGGUGAAGAAGGAAAGAAGAGAGAGUCAGAAGCAUAAACUUACCCUUGCUUUUUGGUUAAAUACGCAUACCCCUCUCCCCUUGAAUUUAUUGACAAUUUCUGUGGUGAAAUGGCACAAGGUAACAACUAUGUUGAAAUAUCAAGGAAAGACUGAGCUUUAUAUUUGCUUGUUUGUUUUAGUUUCAUCUUUUAAAGUAAUUGAACUUUUGAUUUAGGUUUCUUUUCCCAUAAAAAUUACGUACUGUGCAGUAACAUCAAAUUCUACAUGUCUAAAAGAAACCUGCUCAUUUCCCUAAAGUAGAUUGCUGAGCAAUUACACUUGCUCAAGACUUUUAUCCUUCAAAUUGUGAACUUUUAAGCUUGUUUUGUAAUUGGUCUGACCGUAAGAAAUCAUGUGUUCUUUGGCUUCAGAUAUUUGUGGUUUGCUCCCUCUGUUGCAUUAGUAACAUUUUGCAGGCAGUGAGGAAGCUUUGGACUGAACAGGUUCAAAACCCUUCAUAUAGAGUGUUUUACAUGUUUGCAAAUAUUAUAACUAUAGUAAAUGUGCAAUGGAACUUAUAAAAUAAUUAGAACAGAGAAUAUAGACUUAAGGUUUCAAAUCAUGGCAGGUUGUUUAACUUCAGGGCACUUUCUUGGAUUGCUCAAAUUUUUCUGAUGUAUUACACGUUGACACCAGUGGGAAAGAUGCUUAAGUGUCUUCAGUUCAAGAUGGAUACAGCCCUGGGCAUUUUCUUACCAUGUUCUUUGUUCUCAGGUUGGACCUUGAAGUAUUGCUGCAGAGCAGUAAUGGUUAAAGUAAGAUUUGAAAUUUAUUAAAAGACAUUUUUUUUUGUUGUUCAAGUAAGUCUUACAAUAGGAUU